UCGAAUCCUGGGCCCAUGCCACCCUCCUGGGAAGCGCCACCCUGGGCCAAUCAGAGCGGAGCACGUGAGCUGGAGUUCGUGCUGCUGGGUUUUGCACACGUGCCCUCACUACGCCCGAUGCUUGCAGCGCUCUUCCUGGCAGCCUUCCUGCUCACAAUGUCAGGGAACUCGCUCAUCAUCUUGCUCACCAGCCUGGACUUCGGCCUCCGCACGCCCAUGUACUUCUUCCUGCGCCAGCUGGCGCUGGUAGAGAUCUGCUUCUCACUGGACGUGGCACCCCGCCUGCUGGUGACCCUGCUGCAGCCUGGACGUGGGGUGUCCCCCACGAGCUGUGCCCUGCAGCUGCUCCUUGUGCUGUCCUGUGUCACAUCUGAGUGCUUCCUUCUAACAGUCAUGGCCUGGGAUCGCUUUCUGGCCAUCUGCAGGCCACUGCACUACGGUGCCAUCAUGAGCCCGCAGCUGUGCUACCUGCUAGCUACUACCUGCUGGCUGGCGGGAAUCCCUGUCGCACUCGUCUUCACCAUCUGGCUCUUUAACUUCCCCUUCUGUGGGCCACGUGGCAUCCGACACUUCUUUUGUGACAUAGCACCUCUGCUGAGCCUGGUUUGUGCAGACACCAGAGUUUUCGAGGCCAAUGUGUUUGUGGCCACCGUCCUCGUCAUCAUGGUUCCCUUCUGUCUCAUAGCCACAUCCUAUGUGAUGAUUCUGGUUGCUGUCCUUAGGAUGCCAUCGGCCUCUGGGCGCCACAAGGCCCUGUCCACCUGUGCCUCCCAUCUCAUAGUGGUAAUUCUGUUUUAUGGCACAACAGGGGUCAUCCACUUGCGCCCCAAGGCCAGCUACUCUCCAGAGAGCAAGCAAGUGGUGUCCCUGUCAUACACCAUGGUGACCCCUAUGCUCAACCCCCUCAUCUACAGCCUGCGGAACAAGGAGGUCAAGGCUGCCUUUGGGCGUGUAUGCUGUGGACGCUAAGAGUCUAGACUCCGUGAAUGAACUCUCUCCUCUGCCAGCUUUGAGAGUCAGGUAAUUAUUGAGGCCCACUUC